UCCCUCCCUCCAUCCCUCCCUAUUCCCUCCCCUUUUUUUUGCGAGAGACCGGGCCAGGGAUUUGAAGAUCGGGAAGAGAGAGAGAAAGAGAGAGAGAGAGAGAGAGAGAGAGAAAGAGAGAAAGAGAGAGAGAAAGAGAGAGAGCCUCUCGUUUCUAAGCAGAUGAAAGCGCUGAUAAUCCUGGGUCUGCCUCCAUCUUGCUCACUGCUGGUGCAGAAGGAGGCGGAGGAGGGGCCAAGCCAGCGGGCGGGCGGGCGGGCAGGGCGGGGGUCACCUGUGGCGGCGAAGGAGGAGGAGCAGGAGGCAGCUUUCUUUCUUCCAAGGGCCCUGGACUGUCAUGGGCGUGCGGAGGAUGAGGGACCACUGACACUGAGAGGAAGGCAGAGAGAGAGAGAGAGAAAGAAGGAUAGAAAGAGUGAGAAAGGGAGAAAUAGAGAGGGAGGGAAGAAAAGAGGAGAGCUCCAGGCCAGCCUCUGACUCACAACAAAGCAGGCCUUGCCCAUGGCGGAAAACGGGCGCCCUGCGGCCGAGAGCGCGUCGGAACCCUCCCCCCCGGGCGGCGUCGGCGCCGGCGCCAUCAUUUCGGAGUGCCCCGCCGCGGAGGGCGCCAUCUUCCCGCUGUCGAAGAGCACGGUGGACGUGGCCGCCAACCCCCUGCCCCAGGACGAUCUGCGGAAGAGCUGCAGCAGCCCCACCUGCUCCCGGACGGAGGCCCACGAAACCGCCGACACGCCGGUAACCGAUGACUACCGGGGCGGGGGGCGCGGCGAGUCCAGCCCCACGGGCACAGCUGCGUGCCAGCGCGGCCCCCGCGAUGGACCCAAAAUGGCGGCGACGGAGGAUCGUCGGGGCGAGAGUACGACCGGCGAACAGAACGAGCCCCAGACCCGACGGAACCAGGGCGGGGCGCCCCACCGCGGCAGCCCCAGCGUGCCAGACACACUGCCCCCCCGCCACAGAGCGGAGCGUCCUCGCAGCGUCGCCGAAAUGGCCCCCCCCCACCGGACGGGCGCGGCAUCCCCGGCCGAGGCAGAGGCGCACGGCCGGGUCCGCGCGGGCGAGGGGGGGGCGGCGGGCUCCAGGGGGGCCUCCUCGUCCCACACGGACCUGCGUGAGGAGCAGCCGGAGCCCGCCCCGCACAUGGCCCAGAGGAGCCUCUCGGCCAGCCUCCGGGCGCCCGGCGAGGCCCCGGGCCCGGGCCCCCGGCGGAGCGAGACCAGCGCCCCCUGCCCCGGGGUCGGGUACUGCGGGCGGGACGCCGCGUGCUGCCCCACGCUGGUGUGCAAGCAGCCCAUGCAGCUGCUGCAGAGCAACACCAUGACCACCUGCCGCAGCAGCAGCGGCAGCAGCAGCCCCACCCAGCAGCUGGGGGGCGGGGUGCGCAUCUGCCUGCCCAGCCCCCCCCACAGCGAGGGGGGCGGCGGCGGCGACGAGCCCUGCUUCCUGGGCCACGGCGGGCCGGAGGACACCUUUGCCGCGUACUGCCACCCCCUGCCCAUCCCCACGCCCGCCCAGCUGCUGCCCCGCCCGCCCGGGCCCGAGGGGGAGAGGCCGCUGCCCCACCCCGCCCUGCUGGCCUUCCCCCGCCUCAUCUCCUCCGUCAGCGAGACGGGGCUGGACGCCAAGCGCAUGCUGGCCUGCUGCGGGCCCGACUGCCGGGAGGGGGGCGGGGCCUACCCCGUCCCGCCCCGGCUCGGGGGCGGGGCCCGGCCGGGGGAAGCCAGGGUCGCGGCGGUCACCAGGGAGACGGGGACCAUGACGUCCCGCGGGGAGCUGAGGGACGUGGGGGUGCAGACGGGGGCCCCCGAACCUCGUCCGCCGCCGCCGCCCCACGUCUUUCCCGAGGUGAGUCUGGCGGCGGACGACGAGGCGGACGGGGGCGGGGGGGAGGGCCCCAACGGGGCGGUGGGCGGCGGCGGCGGCCAGAAGUCCCCCAUAAAGGAGGUGCUGUGGGACGCGGAGGGGAUGACCUGGGAGGUGUACGGCGCGUCGGUGGACCCCGAGGAGCUGGGCCUGGCCAUCCAGAAGCACCUGGAGCUGCAGAUCAAGGAGAAGGCGGGCCGCGUGGCGGCCAAGCUGACCCGCCAGGACACGGUCAGCUCGCAGCAGAGCCGCCGCCCCAGGAAGAGGGGGUUCGCCAUGGGCGCCCUGAGGAACCCCGCCUGCUGCGCUCGCUCCAGCGCCGUGCUGGACUGAGCGGGACGGCCGCCAAAACCGCGCCCAGCCCAACGCUACCUUCAUCGUACGCAGUAAACCGUAAAAGACAUGCUGGAUGCUGCUUGGCAGAAUUAGCAUGUUCGACUCGCAUUAAAACCAUCAUUAUAUAUAUAUAUAUAUAUAUAUAUAUAUAUACACACACACACACAAUGUCAGAGCACCACCAACACUAUUGGCCGAAAGUACAGGUCUUGUUUCCUGCCUUUCUCUGCACAAAGGGGUCGUGUGUGUAUAUUUGGCGUGUGGGUCUCUUUCAGAAGGCAGGAAGCAGAAAUAAAGCAAAAUUUAUUUAAGAGUUAAUGUCCUUUUCAAAAUACUCAUAAUACUCAAAAGUGUUAAAUGGGGUGUCAGCAAAUGUAACAAACUGUGUUCUUGCUGUUGGGUAUUAGCUAGAAUUUAUACAGCUUCGAAGAACAAAUAACUUAAUCGUUUAAGGAAUACUUGUAGAGCACAUGGAGACACAUAAUUGCAUUAAUACUGAAUGCCAAAAGUACCCAUUGAUUAAGAGCCUUUGUGAGCUAUACUGUGCAUUUUAUGACUUUACAUCACAGUAAGUACAGCUUAUAAAUAUAGUAUUCAUAUAUUUAGUUCCAUGUCCCCUCCUGUCUGAAGUCAGUGAUGACAUGGGAACAUAAUUAUGAACCCUAUGUAUAGCAAUAUUCAGUCUUUUCAUUAACACUGACAAGCCCUAUUGUCAAUUUAUUUUUAAGCCUUUUUUCCAGUCCACAAAUCCCAACCGAGAAUUGACAAUCAAUCGUAUUUCACGAACUACAAGCAGCUUCAAAAUUCUUCUUUAGCGAUCACUAACCAUGAAUUAAAGAAUGCGUUUUAAGCAAGUGGGUUCAGUCGAAGGAGCACGUCUGUAUGUUCAGUCAGGGAAAGACCCAGCUGUGAAAGGUACUGCGGUUAGUACUGCUGAAAAUAAAAUAAAAAAGUCAGAUUUUAUUUAAGUAUGAAAUUAUGGAUUUACUUGUAAGUGCAGCUUUGUAAACGUGUAGUAGUAGAAGGAAACUCAAUACAGGCCUUUGUGUCUGAAAUAGACAUCUCCACAUUUCAGAUAUACCUUACUGUACAAGUUGUUUCUUUAUACAGAAAUACCUGUCUGUUUCUGUGUCUCUAGACUAUAUAACUUAGGGAAAGACGUGAUUGAUACAAGCUCACACAGUUCAAAGCUGGCGAGAAUACCCAGAAUUCAGCUCUAGCCAAACUGCCAAGGACGGCAGACAACUAGACCCUACACAAAACAUUCUGAAGGAGGUUUGUUCCAGAACGUCCAACUUCGCUCAUGUUGGCCAAGGCCCCUGAAUUUCACAGUUUGCUACUGGAAGCACAAAUUUCAGCACAGUAUCUUGAUUUCUAGCGUUAUUCUCCAUAUAGGAUUUAGGAGUACAUUUGUCAUCUACUACAUUUUAAAAUGUAUAAUCUCUUCCAUUAGUAAGGAUUUCAGCAUCAGGCUAACAUAUAAUACUGUUUAUUUAAAUAUCACAACAGCAGUCAGUGGAUCCAGUCCUUUAUUUUACAGUAGUUUGUUUUUUUCACUCAAGCUUAAAGUAGGCACAGGUAAUGUCGGAUAUAUGAGUAGAUGGGAUAUUGGCGUGAUGCUUCAUAUGUCAUAAGAUCUGGUUCAUAGACAGUAGGAACUCUGGAACAGAGCCUAUGUAGCCUAUGUUCACCUAACUUAACACAGGCAACAUAGACCUUUAAGGACGUUAUUUGAUAGAAACAUACUACAAACUCAAUUUCCCUUUUGGCCUUCACAUGGUAGUAUUAUACUUCAAUGUAUUUUUGCGUGCCAAUGAUGCAUAACAUUUCUUAAACGCUCAACAAAGUUUCAAACAUGAACAAAAUGCAACUGCAGUCACUUAGAGAUUGCAGAUUUUCUCUCUGGUAGUUAAACAUACGCAGAGGAUGUGAAUGUUAGACUUUGUGGAGAAGUGUCAAAUUACAGUAUGUGCGUAUUUCAGUAGGGAUGUUUUCCUCUUGUGUGAAUAAGUGACAGGCAAUAUACCCUGUACUGUGUGGUAUAACGUACUACAACUCAAGAGACAUGUUUCCUUACAGUCCGUUAAGCAAACAGUUAUGCCAUAAGGCCCAAUUUCAGAAAACUGCUUUUCCACACAAACUUUGUUUCUUUCUUUGUGAUACAAUCCCACAAAGUUUUUAUAGAGCAAUAUUAGUCAGAAUAUUGUGUUUAAUAGGAUAAAACCCCUUUAAAUCUCACAUUACACAGAGUAAACUUGCAACCAAGUUCUUUCAUGUAGGGCUCUGACUGACCGACAAAUUAAGGUCCACUGGUGGAUUUUCUUCACAUGAAAUGGCAAGCUAACGUUGAUCGAUCAUUUCAUUCAUGAAUGAACAAAACAAAAGAUGUGUCAGAUCAGCACAUUAACUAAUUUAAUCUGGUCUUUCUUCUAAUUAAACUGGUGUAGCGUGUGGAAUAUCCCUCUAAGACCAUUCAGCUGUGAUAUAGCCCUUAUUGUUUCUUCCCCUCUCUAGAACGCUCACUCUCCCCUAGAUUCAGUCAAACUUCGCAGAUCAUUUAAGGGAAAGUGCAAUUCAACCAAGAACGGCAGAAAUACUACACGAUACAAUAUACUGUAAUAUAAUGCAAUGCUACUAUUCUAUAUUUUAGAUGCACUAAUAGUACGUUUCCUCCUGGAUUCAAACAAUGAAAAAUGCUGCCUAGGAAGGCAAAAGUCACUUUGGUCCAGAAUUAAUCUAGGAAAGGUUUGUUAUUUUUGGCUGAGUCGCAGUUUUCAUUGGAUCGGGCAGUAAAUUAUUUGAGGCCUUUUGUGAAGACCGUUCACAGUUCAGCGCGUCAGUCUCUGCCGCUCCCCGUCACGCGAAAGAGAAGCAAUAACGGAUGCCCCGAAACUUCCUCACAACAGAUCCCACUUUCAAUGUUAAACUUUCAAACACUGUACUUGUUGUGUGUGACAUUCGUUGGGGCUUGUAAUAAGCAUACUGAGGGUGGUGACAUGUUUAUUCUGUUAUGAUCAAUAACUGAAUGUCCAGCUGUGAGAUUAGAAGGGAUUAAGGUCUCUUCGCUGGGUCUUUGCCAAAUCAAAAUCCAGCCUGUGGCAAGAUUUGAGUCAUGUAUGUUGUCACAGGUUAUGUCACUGUUGAUGAACAAGGGUUUUUCCCCCCCCCCCCAUUCUGAAUGGUAACUGGUGUUGAUGUUUUUAGUGACAUCAGCACAGUAUUUUGGUGGGUAAACUGCUACCUAGUGGCAGAAGGAAGAGUGGCAUUGUGAACCAGAAGAAUAAUGUGUUUUCAGUGACUCAUUUUCAACCAAUCAGCGGUUUGCUGUGGAGAACCAUGUCUUCUGAUUGGUUCAGGCAAGCUGGUGAGAGACAGAGCACACGGUAGCCCCACCCCUUAAGAGAUUCAGGAAGUUGAUGCUCUCCCGUUGCUACUGUUAUCUGCGCAAAGAUGACCCCCAUCUUCUGCUAUCAGCACAAAGAUGUCUCCUCUACCCCAAUCUUGCUUUUCCGGCUUUGUCGGAUAGCUUGAAUGCAUUCGAGCAGCGGCAGCGAACAGCUCGGUCAGCUGUUUGGAUGAGCAGGCACAUUCCUUGGUGUUCACAGUAAAAGGGCUUUUUUUUUUUGGAGUGGUGCUUUAACGAGCACAGCGUGGAAAUAAGCAUUUAAAAAGUGCUGGUUCAGCGUGUGUGUCGAGUGGGGCCUACUGAGGCCACAGCUUGGGAAGCUGGCCAAUAAAAGUAGGCGUGCCUGCUGUGGGCAAGGAAUAUUUCUUUGGUAACUCCAGCAAUAAACCUCUCCCAAUCGUAACCCCGUAUGACUGUGAUAGUCUCCGAAAACACACUGUCUUUAUUUCCCCUACUGGUGUAAGCUGACAUCGGAGAACCGCGAUGACCCCCCCCCCCCCGCCCGAAGCUGCUCCGACAGCCGAUUGGCUCACGCUCUCGUCCGCCACGUAGCGCACGCGUCUCAGCCUCCGUCGUUUGUAAACCUAGGCCUCGUUAAAGUUUGGCUUUUUAAAAUUUUUUUCUUUAGCCGCACUAUAUUACGGCUUCGCUUCUUCGGAAUCAGCACUUAGAACGAUCGCUGCUUAGAGUCUAGCCCGUCGCUCAUUUUGGGCAUAAAGUAAACCAACGGGGACAAAGGCAAACAAUCUUGAUUUUUUUUUUGUCCUAGCGUUUUAGCCCGUGUGCAGGUAGACAACUGCCGCCAUUUUGGUACAGGGAGACCAGCCCUGCAAGCAUUCAGAGGUCUGUUAAAGCAGGGAGAAUCGAAAAAAAUCCACCCCCCAGGGAGAGGGCUAAUGUCAACUGUCUUUUAUAGCACAUAAUAUCACAUAGGAAAUUUUGUUACUUUUUGUAAAAAAACAAAAAGCAAAAAAAAAAAAAAAAAAAA